AAAAAAGUGGGGAGAGAGAAAAAGAUAUGUACCUUAGGGAAGAAGCUCAGAGAGAGGGAGGGAUAGAGACGACGGGUAGGAGCGUGUGAGUGCGUGAGACAUUUACUCCUCUAACUACUGGAAGACAAACACACUUUCCUCUUCUGACUUUCUUUCUUUCUUUUUUUUUUAAAUAAUAGUAAGUUCAACUGAGAAAUAAAAACAAGUGGAUUUUUUUCCCCUUCCCUUAUUUAAUUUUUUUACUAAAAAAAAACAAAUAAAUUUCUAACCAGACCUUCAGGGGACUCAGUAUUCCGUCCCCUCGCUGGAAAUCCUAUGUUCUGAUCAACAGACAUUUCCGUCCACACAAGAAGACAUACCUCAUGGAUUUGUACCUUGUUGGAUAUCUACAUCUUCUGUGCGUGUGGUUGUCCAGCUCUCGGGUGCUCGGAGGCUAUCCCAUCUGGUGGUCCCUUGCCCUGGGGCAGCAGUACUCGUCUUUGGGCUCUCAGCCCAUCCUGUGUGGCUCCAUCCCUGGUCUAGUGCCCAAGCAGCUGCGCUUCUGCCGCAACUACAUUGAGAUCAUGCCCAGCGUAGCCGAAGGGGUCAAACUGGGUAUCCAGGAGUGCCAGCACCAGUUCCGAGGUCGCAGAUGGAACUGUACGACUAUAAAGGACAACCUAGCCAUCUUCGGCCCUGUGCUAGACAAAGCCACUAGAGAGUCUGCAUUUGUCCAUGCGAUUGCCUCAGCUGGCGUGGCAUUUGCAGUGACGCGGUCCUGUGCAGAAGGAACCUCCACCAUGUGCGGCUGUGAUUCCCACCACAAAGGUCCACCAGGUGAGGGCUGGAAAUGGGGUGGCUGUAGCGAGGAUGCCGAAUUCGGAGUGCUUGUAUCCCGAGAGUUUGCAGACGCCAGAGAAAACCGGCCAGACGCUCGUUCCGCCAUGAACCGGCACAACAAUGAAGCUGGACGAAUGACCAUCCUGGAGAACAUGCACCUGCGCUGUAAGUGCCAUGGCCUGUCCGGGAGCUGCGAGGUGAAGACAUGCUGGUGGGCACAGCCCGACUUCCGCUUGCUGGGCGACUAUCUGAAGGACAAGUACGACAGCGCAUCGGAGAUGGUGGUGGAAAAACACCGGGAGUCCCGGGGCUGGGUGGAGACACUCCGAGCCAAGUACACCUUCUUUAAGCAUCCCACCGAGAGAGACCUGGUGUACUACGAGGGCUCGCCUAACUUCUGCGAGCCGAACCCGGAAACGGGUUCAUUCGGCACACGUGACCGCUCCUGCAACGUGUCGUCUCACGGAAUUGAGGGCUGCGAUCUCCUCUGCUGCGGCCGUGGCCACAACACGCGGACUGAAAAGCGCAAAGAGAAGUGCCACUGUAUCUUCCACUGGUGCUGCUACGUCAGCUGCCAGGAGUGCGUACGAGUCUAUGAUGUACACACGUGCAAAUAAGGAGCGUGAAAAGUGCAGGGGUGGCAAAAAGAAAGAACAGAAGACUGAACGAGAUAGGACUAAGUAGCCUAUGCGUGUAUACACACACACACACACACAAACACACAUGCAUACACACACUUACUCACAAGAUUGUAUUGAAUACAAAACACACACCAUGGGUAGUGGCACUUCGCUACCAUGAACUUUUAAUAUCCUUUAAUAACAAUCGAGCCUCUUUUCUGGGAGAAUUAGCUACCAUGUGAUUACCACUAUCAUUCCUGAUGCAUUCCUUUUUUCUUUUUUUCUAAACAUUUUAUUUAUUUCAGCUGUGGUGUGUGAAAAGAGUGUAGCACAUUAUUACCUGAACCCUCAAAAUCUUCUGGUAUCACUUUAGCUCUCUGAUCAUCUCUCCUCAAGGCCUGGUGGCUGAAACUGUAUCUGACCAACACACUCACACUGCAGCGACACGGACAGAGCUGGAGGGGGCUGGUGAGGGACGAAAGGGGUGGGUGAUGGAGGGAGUGUGCUUAACUACUGAUUAUUCUGAGCCUGAAGUGCAUCUAAAGGCUGGGGUCUUUAAGCCUGAAUAGACUACUGAUACUGACGUAAUCCUCAUGCUUUCCCUUAAUGUCUUCCCUGAUCCUGCACAGGUGUGCCAUUUAAAGGAGUACUCCAACGUUUUGUCAACAAAACCUCUAUCUACUGCAUCUGUAGCGUACGUGUACUUACUACAGACAGGAAUUUCACUGCAUUUCUUUGUAGGUAAGAAGUAAAGAACUGCAAACUUCUAUACGAUGGAAUAUAUGAGCAGGUGCUGAAUUCAGGCAAUCAUUAUUUAAAACGUGACGAAAGAGUGCAAACACAAUGACAUCUGAUACACUGGAUUCUGUUUAUAAAUUUUAGGAAUAGUUCUAACUGAAGUCAUCGAAUCGUUUCGAUAUAUGAUUUAGAAUUCACAGUUAAAUAAAUAAAUGUUUUAAAAUAGGUUCAAUUAAUAAGUGUUAAAAUAGGUGACGAAAAUAUGCUAAAUUACAACUGAAUUCUUUUUACAGUUUAUAAAAGGAAGGACAGUUUUUAAUUCUUUCAAAAAAAUAAAAAAAACUAAAUAAUACACGACUAAAUAAUAGAACCUACAAUGGAAGUCGAUGAAUUCCAUUGAUUUUUCCAGAUUUCUUUUCAGAAUUUUCCAAAUUCAUGACUUAAAUAGUGCAAAAUUCUAACUGUUAGACUAAUUCACCUAUAAUGUAAGUCUAGGGACAGGGUAAAAUUAUUAAAUGCAUGAGGAAAUAAUGGAAGUCUAUGGAGAGUGAAUGAAUUCCGUCGAUUUUUCAGAAUUUUGCAAAUUCAUGACUUAAAUAGUGCAAAAUGAUAACUAUUAGACUAAUUCACGAGUCCAGGGGCAGUUCAUUUCUGCCUAGGGGUAGGGUAAAAUUUUUAAAUGCACAAGUAAAUAAAGGAAGUCUAUGGAGAGUCAAUGAAUUCUGUCGAUUUUUCCGAUUUGUUUUUUUUCCCAAUCUCGCAAAUCUCCAUAAAUUUGUUCCAAAUUCAUGACUUAAAUAGUGUUAGAAUAAUUCACCUAUAAUGUAAGUCUAGGGGCAGUUGAUUUCUGGCAGUAAAAAAAAAAAAAGCAAGAGUAAAUAAAGGAAGAGACUCUAUGGAGAGUCAAUGAAUUCUGUCAUUAUUCCAAAAAAUUUCUUUCCACAAAUUUCGCCAAUUUCCAUGAAUUUGUUCCAAAUUCAUGACUAAAUAGUGAAAAACUUUAUCUGUUACACUAAUUCACUUAUAAUGUCAGUCUAGGGGCAGGGUAAAAAAUUUAAAAUGCACAAGUAAACAAUGCAAAAUCACGAGUUGACAUCAAAUUAUCAAAUUGAGUGCAAAGUGUUACACCGAACGAAUUUAUAACGGAAGUUGAAUGUUGUUUAGAAAUUUGUUAUACUGAAUUUGAUCAAACUCACUUAUAAAGGCAGUCAGUAAGGGCAGUUGUUCGUGGAUCAAUCACCAUUAUUGCAAAGCUAUUUGCAAAUAAAUCUGCUCUGAAUCUAUACGGUUUGUCUUUUUAUGGUUAUGACAAAGUUACCGGCCCUGAUAGAACCCUGAUGUUUCUAUAUUGUUACACAAAAUAUGUUGGUCAAAAAAUAUUGGAAACAAAACAUUUACACUGCUUUAAUCACAUUUUAAAGAUUUGGCGACAAAAUUCAAUUCAAAUUCGUGUCUGAAGUGUGCAGACUUUCAGUUCAUUUCUCAUAAAAACUGACCUUCUUAUGUAUGGAAAUCACACACUGAGGAAACGUUUGGACAUACGUUUGAAAAAUGUUGGAGUAUUCCUUUAAAAUUAGUCACAGGUCACUGAUCUACACGUACAGAAAAAAAAACACCACCACACGCAUGGACACUGCCUACUGAACAUGUCCCGAAUGAUAGGGGUGGGGAAAAUACAUCCUCAUUAAUGGAAAUGAAAAUACUGCUGAAAUGACUCGAAUGCUACGAUUUUAGCCGACUCUAAUGUGAUGCGUUUUCUGUUCUUCUUAACAAAUAUCUUUCAUUCACGAUGGAGGUGAUUAGAAGGAAAAGAGCAGGUGUGUAGAAAUCGACUACCUGUCUAAACAAAGCCAAAGUGUUUUCAGGUAGACACCAAACCACCACACACACACACAAUCAAGCUUCAUGUGCAUCCAGAGUUACAUCUAGAAUUUAAUUUGCACUUAUGACACACACUGAGUAACAGGAAUGAAUGUUCUAUAUAACCAGCUAAUCUUCUCUAACAUCUAUAGAUCUGGGAAAGGGGGAGGAUAAAUUGGGAAUUGGGAGACUCUCAAGUCAGCUGGUGUUUGGAUAUGUUAAAAGGCGACGUGGUCUGGGUGUCCUGACCCGUGUGUGUGUGUGUGUGUGUGUGUGAUGGCUGACGUCGAGAGGGAGGGACGACAAGCUUCACAGACAAACAGACACACACACAGGGAUUCAUACAUGUUCCAACAGUCCUACACAUCCCAUUCAUUAAGUUUAACUACACAAGCAGAAGGUAGACAUUAGCGUCGUCUCUUCGAACCCGAAUCGCUCAACCUCCACAUCCCCUUCCCACCAGAAGCUCCGCCCCAGCAUCACCGGUCAUUCCAGCACUCCCUUUCUGUUCCUCCCAGCCCGCUAUAUAUCCAAAGUUUUGUACAAAGUUAUUAAUUCCCUUUCUUUCCUUGUUUGUUUUUGUUUAAUUUUAUCGUCUGGAAAUGUUAUGUUUUUAUAAAUAUUAUUUAUUAUACAAUGUAUAUAUCUGUAUGACUGAACUAAGAUUAUAUAUUUGAAGAACGACUUACUGUCUCAUGCUUCUGAAUUCGGGUUCUACUUGAUGGAUAAACUGCUAUAUUACUGCUUUUUUUUUUGUUUUUAAACCUAGACCUACUAAAACACCUAAACUAACAGGACCAUAUUAUAUAUACAUAUAUACACACGUGACCUUACGUUACAAGCCAGUUUAAUUUAUUUUCCUCGUUAGUGGUUAAGAGAACGGUGGCCCAAACUGUUCCCAGUUUCCCACGCAGCUCUAAUAAAGGGUAAUGAUCUUCCUCCUGGCUACCGCCUCAGCCUGCAUGUAAUCUGUCAUUUCAGUGCUCAGUGCUUACGUCAGCUCCAGAGACGUGAAGC